AUGUUGGUCAAAGGUCUUGCUGGCAGCUUGCUGCUUGCAAAUCUCGUUGCUAGUGUCUCUGGCAAGAGUACGCCGCUCUACAAGGAUGCCACUGCGCCGGUCGACAAGCGCGUCAAAGAUUUGUUGGGCCGGAUGACAAUUGAGGAUAAGAUGGCUCAAUUGAUGCAGGGCGAUGUUACCAACUGGAUGAACCAGACGUCAGGGGCAUUCAACUACACCGGGCUGGUAGCGAACAUGGAGAUGAAAGCAGGUUCCUUCUAUGUUGGAUACCCGGUUGCUUGGGAUUGGAUUGCCGACAAUAUCAAGCGAGCCCAGGACUAUCUGCUUCAAAAUACCACCCUUGGAAUUCCAGCUCUUGUUCAGACCGAGGGUAUUCAUGGAUUCCUGGUCGGCAAUGCAACCAUCUUCAACUCCCCAAUCGCAUACGGAUGCUCCUGGAAUAAGGAGCUCGUUCAACAAAUGGGACAGGUCAUCGCGCAAGAAGCUCAAACUCUCGGUGUCAAUCAGCUGUUCGCGCCCGUUGUGGACUUGGCUCGUGAGCUUCGCUAUGGACGUGUCGAGGAAACCUUCUCGGAAGAUCCAUACCUUGCGGGAGAAAUCGGUUAUAGCUACGUGAAGGGCCUGCAGAGCAAGAACGUCUCAUCGAUGGUUAAGCACUUCGUUGGAUUCAGCAGUCCCGAACAAGGAUUGAACACUGGUCCCGUUCACGGUGGUGAGCGAGAAUUGCGUACUACUUGGAUGCCUUCCUUCAAGCGAGCCAUCAUCGAUGCCGGUGCCUGGUCCAUCAUGGCUGCUUAUCACUCAUACGACGGAAUCCCAGCAGUUUCAGACUACCACACUCUCACCGAGAUCCUGCGAGAGGAAUGGGGCUACGACUACUUCGUGAUGACAGAUGCUGGCGGCAGUGAUCGACUCUGCAGUUACUUCAAGCUCUGCCAAAGCAAGCCCCUCGAUAUGGCGUCCGUGACCACGCAGCUCUUGACUGCCGGAAUUGACGUUGAGAUGGGAGGUGGUUCCUUCAAUUUCCAAAAGAUCCCCGAGCUGGUCAAGGCCGGUAAGCUGGAUAUUGCGACUGUCAACACCGCUGUGUCCAGACUGCUCCGCGUCAAGUUUGAGAUGGGUCUUUUUGAGAACCCGUACCCUGCUGCCCCGGAAGGCAAAUGGACGAGCCUGAUUAACAAUGCUGCAGCCAAGAAACUUGCCAGAGACCUGGAUAAGGAGUCAAUCGUGCUCUUGGAAAACCACAAGGAGACUCUUCCUCUGAAGAAGUCUGGUAGCAUUGCUGUCAUUGGACCAAUGGCCCACGGAUUCAUGAACUACGGAGACUAUGUCGUUUACCAAAGUCAAUAUCGAGGUGUUACUCCACUCGACGGCAUCAAGGCAGCAGUCGGAUCAAAGGCCCAGAUCAACUAUGCUCAAGGAUGCGAGCGCUGGAGCAACGACGAAUCAGGAUUCGCCGAGGCCGUCGAAGCAGCGAAGAAAUCCGAUGUUGCCGUCGUUGUCGUUGGAACAUGGUCGAGAGAUCAAAUGCAGCUCUGGCAGGGCUUGAAUGCAACAACCGGUGAACAUGUCGACGAAGAUGACCUUUCUCUAGUCGGUGCCCAGGGCCCGCUCAUCAAAGCCAUUGCUGAUACCGGCGUGCCGACUGUCGUCGUUCUCUCCAGCGGCAAGCCGAUUACCGAUACUUGGAUCGCGAACUCGACCGCCGCUCUGGUUCAACAGUUUUACCCGUCUGAAGAAGGCGGCAAUGCCCUUGCUGAUGUUUUGUUCGGUGACUACAACCCCUCGGGGAAGUUGUCUGUCAGUUUCCCUCGGUAUGUCGGCGACCUUCCGGUCUUCUACGAUUACCUGAACUCGGGCCGUUCUAUUGGCGACUCGGGUCAUGAAGAUAGUAACGGGACCCUCGUAUUUGGGCACCAAUACGUUCUCGGCAACCCACUUCCCUGGUAUCCAUUCGGCUACGGCAAGAGUUACUCCACUUUCGAGUAUGGGUCAGUCAGCGUGGACCGCACCACGGUCUCUGCGUCAGACAACAGUGUUACCGUGAGUGUUGCUGUGACCAAUACCGACAAGACUCGUGAGGCUACGGAGGUUGUACAAGUAUAUAUCUCUGAUGAGAUUGCGUCUGUGGUUGUUCCCAACCGCGCUCUGAAGGGCUUCGAGAAGGUUGUCAUUCCGGCUGGCUCGACCAAGACUGUCAGGAUUCCUAUCCUGAUUAAGGAUAUUGGUCUGUGGAACACUCGCAUGAAGUACGUUGUCGAGCCGGGUAAUUUCACCGUUCUAGUUGGUAGUAGCUCGGAGGAUAUCAGAGGAAACGCUACAUUUACUGUGCGGUAG